CUGGACUGCGCGGUGACUACAGGACCCCGGUUCAGACUUGCUAACAAUGAAGGAAAGAUUGCAGGAUAUGAUUAAUUGAAUACAAAAGCAUUUACAGUGAAUAUGUAAUUCAGUAUAAAUUACGAACAAGAAGAAAUGCGACUUUGUGAUAAUUAUAGGAGUUUAUGAGUAAAAUGCUGGUUCAGAUUAGUAGUUAGACGUACCAUGCCCUUUUCACAUAGUAUCGUGUUUGUAAUUUUUGAGGAAUCAUGUAUAUUGGCAAGCAAGCACGUGUCUUAAGAGAAUUGAUCCAGACGCGAGGAAAGUACUGUAAAUUAUCCUCGCUUUCUUCGAUAUUUUCCCCAAAACAUCGAUAACCUUUAGUGACGUUGAAAAAAUGUAUUCGAAAAACGUCUGUGGCGGUACAGUCAUUAUUUUGUUUUACCAUGAACAAAAAAUUGUAUUUUGAUGAAGCGGUACUUUUACAAAACACAUAUUGUUUACUAAGUAUCAGGGGUGAAAUACGCUAGUAACAUAGAUUUAUUAAUGAUAAACUUUAAACUGAUACAAAAAGUGACACUGCGUUGGAAUCAGAUUUGCACGGUAUGUUAUUUCCGUUGGAUUAGCAAAUACAACGACAUUCAUUCUCCUAGCCUAGUCUCUACUAUACGGAAAACCACUUUAUUCCAAAUACCUUCAAUUUAAAUAAACGAACACUAUUGUAGAAACUUGGAGUCUAAAAUCGAAAACGGAGUUGUUGUUAUAAUUAUGAUGUGCUAUGCAAUUGUAUGAAGAAUUAACAUAUUUUACAGAAAUUAAAACGUAAACAUUCCUUUAUCUUAGUUGGGAAUUAAAAUUCUGAAAACAAUCAUUUGGUGUACCUAACACUUAAUCUGGAAUCGAGUUUAGCACCGUUUUCACUAGAUUAGAAUACAUAGUGUUUUUUUUUUAAUUAACGUGUGGUACCAUUUUCUUAACCUUUCUAAAUUAAAUUUUCUGAGGCUAAAAUCACCAUACAUUUUUGACAACACGGGUGAUGGACAAAUCGAAAUAUAACAUAUAGGAUAUAAGCAUUUUGAGUAAGAAACCGUUUUAGUUCUAAAUGAGAGAGAAAUAAAUGAGUUCAAAUUACUUGUCUGAGAAACUUCACGUUUGAGACAUUGGCAGAGAAGAGGGAGUGCCUUUCUGUGUAGUUUAACAGCAGGCAGGGAAAGAACCGCUUCCUGUGCAAGAAAAUCAGUAGCUGCAGAAGUUACUGCAAGACAUUACCUGCAGGGACUAAUUGGAGGCUGAGAGUGAACCCAUUUUAACGGUUUAGAACACUGACAGCUCUGAGUCCAGGGAACUUUGUUGCAUUUGGUGCACCAUGUCAGAAGACCCCCUGUGUUCUGGAUAUUAGCCGGCUUUGCAGUGAUAGUGAAGAGACUGAAGAUGUCUGCGUGUGGAGACUUUGCCGAACACGUGUGGAAACCGGGCUCCUGCAAAAACUGCUUCUAUCCCAGAAGUGCCCACAGACAGGCAAGGCCUAUUGAAACCACUGCUCAGAACGGCAUCAUCUUACAAAGAAAUUAUGUGGAUCGAAAGAAAAUAGAUGCAGCACAGAAUGAGGAUGACUGUGUAAUUACCUCCCUGACCUAUUCUAAGCCCACAAUUGCAGUUAAGCCUACGAGAAUGAAUUCAGAGACAUCUGAUGUGUGGACCAAUUUGAAUAUGAACAUUGACCUCCAACAGGACAGUCAGAGUCCGAAUGAAAAACUUUGUCAUAAGAAGAUGUUGGGCCUCACACAAGUUUACAUGGACAAUCAUCACAGCAGCAAAACUUUAAAAGACGCUGUUUUUCAGAAUGCAGCUGGAGAUAAAUGCAGCUAUUCAAGUCUGUGUUCUGCCAGCACAUUAUCCCCUUCAGGUCUUCCAAAGGAGCCAGUUUUCAUUAGCAGCAUCUUUGUGACUCAGGAGGAUGUACGAGCACCUCUGACUCUUGGGGAGAAUGGAACAAGCCCCUGUGAAAGCUACCGACCACAGAUCACAAAAACAGCCAUGAGCACUUAUACUAACAGCAACUCCAGAGGCUCUUUACCAAAGAAGGAAGACAGGACACUUCCCUUGAACAGCUCUGACAGUUACAGGGAAGCCCUCUGCUAUGGCUCUUCUGGACAGGAGCAGCAACCAACAUUGGAGAUUGCAAUCAACAUACUCGCAGCUAACCCCACCACUGCUGGAAACUCAGUGAAAUCAAGCACUUCUUUCUCCUCUGGCUUUCCCCAAGAGAGGGGGCUUCAGAACUCUUAUGGGAGCCAUGGGAGGCUCUCCAGCAGGGUUUCUUCAAUGGUGUCUGAAUCUGCUAGCCUGUCAGACUCCUGUUCUUAUCGGAGCAGCACAGACUGUCUCAUCUGUUCUGAGGGGCUGGACCAAUGUAGACAGGCAGGGUGUGAAUCGUUUCCCUCUCUUGAUGCACAAGUCAAGGAGAGGCCUCAGAACCUGAUCUCUUCUCCCAGUCCACCAACAAAGAGCCAACCUAUUCAGUUGAAUAGUGAACCCAUUUAUGCUGAGAGCACCAAAAAGAAAAAAAGGUCCCAAAAUGAGAACCCUCUCCAAAAAAGGUCAGAUAUAGAGGUAGACCUCACAGGUGACAAAGACUGCCAGAGAGCUAAGAUUACUGUCAUGGCAGCUCACACUGAGGAAGACAACCGAACAUUUUACCUAAGCAGUCCUGACUCAGCUGUGAGCACACAGUGGCCACACUUUAGCCCCACUUCCACAAAAGAUCCUAACAGCCCUUCAUUCAAGUGGCCCUCGGACAGUUCCGAUACAGCUUCAGCCUUACUGCAGCCCAGACUACAACCCAGUCCACCAAUUCCUCCUAAGAGAGGCAGUCAAUCUCCAAAAUCAUUUUCUUCCACUCCAAUAUCAGACAAGGAGGCUGAGUCCUCUUUUCAAGCUGAGACGCAGAGUUCCUGCUCCUAUUUACAGGUCCAGAGCAGGUCCACAGAGGACACACACAAUUUGGGAACCUCAAUGUCAGCCACAGAAAAGAGACACAAGUUCUUUAACACAGCCUGGAACUGGGAAGGCAGAAUAGAAGAGGAGGAGGAGGGGGGAGAGGAGACGAUGCAUCAGUGCAGGACACACGGUCUCAUCAAUGGUGCCGCUGUCUCGGAGCCGAGUGAUUCAAAGCCUGGGAGCCCUGCUGCACACAGCAAGGAAUAUAAUCAGCCAGGCAGAGCUCACAAUGGUGCCAGUCAUUACCACCCAGGCAGAGCAUCAGAAAAGGACAAACAUAACAAGAACAUGUUAGCUAAGACAGCAUCUUUCACUUCAGACUUCCCAGCAGAAAAGAACAAGGCUAAUGAACAGAUACCACCUCCCCCACCGCCGAAAAAACACCACAGAGUGUCUAGUAAAAUGAGCCAGAGCAGUUCUGACUUGGAGAAAGCCAGUCAUGGUUCAGUGGAGAGCCUUACCCAGUCCCUGAAGGGUCUCGGCAGCAGCUUUGCCACAGCCUCCUCCGACAGCUUAUCAGACUCCAGGAUAUUCGGUGAUGUUGGUUACCAGGAAACAUCUAAUCUGCUGAGCCCAUCCCACAUCCCCAGCAGCCCUCUGACCUCCUCCCCAGUUUCCCCUCAUUCUGAAACCUCGAACAGCCCUGGUCGGUCCCUGCUGCCUCCUCCUCUCCCAGAGAAAAAGCUGGUAAACAGGACCGUGUCUGCCCCAGAUGGCUCUGCAGGCAAAAGGGGAAAUCCUCACCUGAACUUUAGUAGCUCGGAAGGUAAUGUCUGCUGCCAAGAUGGAACACAGUUCAGCUCUCCCUCCAGUCCAGUGGACCAGCGGCAUUUGUACUCCUCCAAUGAGUCUCUAGAGAGGUGCCAUCCUCAUUUGAGCCGCCAGCUGCGCUCCCGAACACUGGAUGAGGCAGUGGGAAAGAACAGGAAUCGCCUGGGCCCACACAACAGGUCCGGGGUCUCCUCCUCUUCCUCACCCCAGCUCAGUGCCCCCAGUUCAGGCUCCAGCCUUCACCUCCAGACACUUCUCAGCAAUAUUGAUAGCCGGGAGGGCAUCUACUCCAAGUUGGGUGGGCUGUACGCAGAGUCUCUGCGACGCCUGGCUCUCAAGUGUGAGGACCACUUUGCCCGCAGUCAGAAAAACCCACUACGCUUUGAUGAGAGCAACUGGUCUCUCUUCAAGCUGACCUGCAACAAGCCUUGCUGUGAUGCUGGUGAUUCUGUCUACUACUCUGCCUCUUGUGCUUCAGAUCCCAAGAAUACCUAUGCUGUUAAGAUCUGUAAAAGCCAGACUCCAGAUGCCAAGCAGGGUCAUCUUUAUGGCCUGGCUGUGCAGCAGACCCUGUUCCCUCACUUCAAUCUGCAGCAGGACUGUGGACAUUUCAUUGCUUGUGUCCCUCAGAGCAUGCUGCCCCCUGAUGAGGCUGCAGAGCCAGCAGGGCAGGUUGAGCAGGAACGAGUAGUGGUGAUCACACGGGAGGUGCCACACCAGAGUGCAGCAGACUUUGUGAGAGAAUGGGCCGUCUUCCACAAUGCCCAGCCAGAGGUUUAUGAGCGGCGUGUCUGUUUCCUGCUGCUGCAGCUCUGCAAUGGCUUGGAGCACCUGAAAGAGCGUGGUGUGACCCACCGUGACCUCUGCCUGGAGAACCUUCUUUUGGUUCAUCACAGCCAGCUCAGAGACAACAAGGAUCAAAAGCAACUCCCUCGGCUGCUCAUCAGCAGCUUCGCAAAGGCGAAGCAGAGGGCAGCUGACGAUGUUGCCUGCGAUCCCAAAUUCAAAAAGGACCAUGCCAGACUGGCACCCGAAAUAGUUUCAGCCACGCAGUACAAAAAGUUUGACGAGUUCCAAACAGGCAUCCUCAUCUAUGAGCUCCUCCACCAGCCCAACCCCUUUGAAGUGAGCCCUAAACUGAAGGAGCAGGAGUACUACUGCGAGGACCUGCCUCCAAUCCCCGUCCUCUCCAUCUACUCUUCUGGCCUGCAGCAGCUAUCCCGCCUGUUGCUCCAACCCGAUCCCAUCAAGCGCAUCCACAUCCAGGAGGCUAAGCGGAUUCUGCAGUGCCUGCUGUGGGGCCCUCGCAGGGACCUGAUGGAGCAACAGUGGGAAAGGCCUGGUGAACUGGUCCGUCAUGAGGGUUUGUUGAACUGGCUGGAUGUCAAGAGGGCCCUUCUGAUGAUGAAAUUUGCUGAGAGGUCUCUGGAGCCAGAGCAGGGUACUGAGCUAGAGGACUGGCUCUGCUGCCAGUAUUUUUCCUCUUCCAACCCAGUGUCUCUCUCCCACACUGCUGAGCUGCUGUAUUUCUCGAAAUGACCUGUAAAUUCACAAGACACAUUUGCAUCCAAGAAUUCUGAUUACAGAUUACAGAUAAACAAUAACAACAUUUUUUAAUUUAUCUCUAUGGUCAAAAUGAGAUGAGACUAGUAUUUUGGAACUCUGCUAAAGAAAUGGAUUGAGCCCUAGAACAACCAAGCAUCUACAAGCACAUUAAUGUCUGAACAAAGAAUUUCAGGCAAUCUGUCUGAAUUAAGAUAGUCCCGAAAAUUAACAAAUACUGCAAGUAGAAUUGAGUGAAUUUACUAAAUUCAUAGACAUAUGUUUUGUUUUUUUUAGUUGUAUGGGUUACAGUGCAAUUUGUUCUCUGUCAUUCAGUGGAACUGGAGAACUUGGUUUCAACCCCACUUGAUCACAUCUUAAUCUGAAACCACUGGUACGUGACUUGAAAUGUCAUUAUUAAUCUUUUUUCAAGUCAGAAUUUUAAAAUAUAUAUGUCACCGAACAAGCAAAGAGCCAAGAAUGUCUUAAGUACGAUGAAUCAGGUCAUGUACGAAGAUACUUGUAAAAAUCCAUUGUAUUUUUAUUACUUACCACUGGAUUGUUUGUUUUUUGUUGUCUUGAUUUUAAUCAUUUUAAGUACCUAAUGAAACAACCGCUCUUCUUAUGUUUCAUUUUUAUCUAUAGUGCUACAGUAUAUAGUACUAAGAGGUUAUGUUGGUUUUCCUUAACAAGGACUCUUUUCCUGUUGAUUGCAUGGACAAACUACUGAACCAGCACAGCUUUUCUGAAGCUACAAAUUUGCUGAUAAUAGCAAAUUGCUGCACAUAAUCUUAAAAUGUACUAUUUUUGUUUCUAUAUAUCCUGCUUAUAACUUUGAAAUAUCCUUUAGUAAUUUAAUGUUUCAACUAGAUUUGCAAAUAAAAUGUAAAUAUGU